AGCAGCCAGUGGCUUUGCUGCAGAAGGCACUGGGCUGAAUUCUGGAGGAGCUGCGGCGGCGGCAUUUGGAUUUUCGCUAGCUCUGACUCUGGAGAUCACCCAAGAUUACAAAAAGACUGGGUUGGUGGAAAAGUGACAAUGCAGGAACCAUCCUAAGAAGCUUUUCUGAUCAGAGUGGAUCUAACUGGAGACUGGCUGGAUUUGCAAUUCUAUGACUCUCACCUUUGCUUUCCCCAACCCCACCCUUCUUUUUCCCAAUUGGUUUAGCUCAGGAUUACUUCGGAAACUUUACUGAAAAAGAAAUGUUGGGUUUCCACGCCCUGGUCAUGUUCGGGAAACUGCCUGCCUUUCAUGGAUUUGUGCCCCCUUCUGGGUAUUGUGCUUGCACUGGCUGUCUGCAAGCCUAGGAAUUUCCAGGAGGGGCCUCUGUUGUGGAUUGUUUUUGUUUCUAUGGAGAAACGCAAUGAGCUGUUUUACUCCUGAUGACGGGGAAAUCCGCCUUCAGUUUUUUCUAUGCUUGGAAAGGAAUCCUUGAUACAUGUCUGCCAGGGAAUAAAAGCAACAAAAGAAAAGAGAUGAGUCGUCAGACUGCCACAGCACUUCCGACAGGUACCUCCAAGUGUACACCGUCGCAAAGGGUACCUGCCUUGACGGGCACCACCGCUUCCAACAAUGACUUGGCCAGCCUCUUUGAGUGCCCCGUCUGUUUUGACUAUGUGUUGCCACCUAUCCUCCAGUGCCAAAGUGGGCACCUUGUUUGUAGCAAUUGUCGCCCCAAGCUCACCUGUUGUCCGACCUGCCGAGGACCGUUGGGUUCCAUUCGGAAUUUGGCUAUGGAAAAAGUUGCCAACUCCGUACUGUUUCCCUGUAAAUAUGCCUCCUCUGGCUGCGAGAUAACCUUGCCGCAUACCGAGAAAGCCGACCACGAAGAGCUUUGCGAAUUCAGGCCUUACUCUUGCCCGUGCCCUGGGGCCUCUUGUAAGUGGCAAGGCUCUUUGGAUGCUGUCAUGCCACACCUCAUGCACCAACAUAAAUCGAUAACAACACUACAGGGAGAAGAUAUUGUUUUCCUUGCUACAGACAUUAAUCUUCCCGGAGCUGUCGACUGGGUUAUGAUGCAGUCUUGCUUUGGCUUUCACUUCAUGUUAGUACUGGAGAAACAGGAAAAAUACGAUGGUCACCAGCAGUUCUUUGCAAUCGUACAGUUGAUAGGCACGCGGAAACAAGCUGAAAAUUUUGCUUACCGCCUCGAGCUAAACGGCCACAGGCGGCGAUUGACUUGGGAAGCAACCCCACGAUCGAUCCAUGAGGGGAUCGCAACCGCCAUCAUGAAUAGUGACUGCUUAGUCUUUGACACCAGCAUUGCACAGCUGUUUGCAGAGAACGGCAACUUAGGUAUUAAUGUGACAAUUUCAAUGUGCUGAAACCCCAAGCUGACAUUUUCAGGGCCAGUGUCUAAAAUAAUAAUAAGAAUAAUCACCUCAAUCCAAAUCCACUGCAUUCAGUUUCACAGAAACUGUGGUAAACAUCUGACUGCUAGGUGUGAACAAUUGGGAGGGAAAGGCCAGCCUCAAUGAAGGUAAAUUAAUGGGAAGACUGUUCUGGUGCAGAUAACAGUUGCAUGUAAUAACACUAAUAUAUUUAAAUGAGUCAGCAGUAAACCACUGAAAAUAUGUGUGUGUAUAUAUAUAUAUAUAUAAAUUAUAUUAUAUAUAUAUACCCAAAAUGGGCAUCCUUUUGUAUUAAGAAUUGAUUCUAUGAAAAGUGCUGUAAAAUAAUUCUAAACUUCUUUGUAGAUUAAUUGUACUUUUGAAAAAGGAUACUGUUUUGUGUUUUCAUUUGUGUUUCUUUUUGACUGACAAGCCAUGCACAGCGGUUUGGGGUUUGACCGCUGUUUCUCCCGUUCCUUCCUUUUCUCCCUUGCUUUUUUGUUUCUUCCCAAGUCACUACAUAGUAUUGCUGCUGUUCUUGUAUAAAUUUUCUGUGUAUUUGCUAAUUUUUAUUAACUUCUAGUUUUUCAUUAAAUAAAUGAUUUUUCUUUCCUGUGAUUCAGUUUUUUUUUCUGUUUCCUUUUUGCUUUUUGGAAGGGGCCCUUUUUGAAAUAGCUUACGGGUGUCAUCUUCUGAUACACAGCAAAAUUGCUAAAGAUGGACUUCCAUAUAUUGGUAAUGUUUUUGGGUUUUGCCGCAAAGAAUGGUGCAUACAACCUGAAGAAUAGAGACACCAUUAGACAAAUUCCAAAAUAGUGAUCUUUUAGAUUGUAGAUAUCAUUGCAUUUUGAUUUCAGACUUGAUUUUGAAUAAGUUGUUUCACAAUGUUUUAAUUUAUUUUAAGUUAGUGGGAAGUUCGAGCCCAUUUUCAAAAGAAUUUGGAGAUCUUGAAACAUUUUAAGGUCAUUCUUGUAUUAAUUAGUUGUGCAAUACAAGAAAGCAUAGUUGACAGUAUUUGUAACUAUAAAUAUAGGCCAUUUGUUUAAAGGAGACAGUUGAAAUAAGCUGUUUUGGUCUUUUUUAAAAAUUCUGUCAUUAAAAGAAUUUCUGGCAAACUGAAAUACCUUAAAGUGAUGUUGGCUGGUCUGUUUUAUUUUUUUGUUUUGGCAAUAUUGGAGUGAAAGCAAACUAAAACGGAAGUAUUCCUUGCAGUUUCACCUUUAAAGCUAGGAUCCUGCAGCGGGAUCCUUUUGUGCCAAAGAUGAUCUUCCAGCAGGCUAUCCUGUGAAUGCUUAUCUGCCUAACUUCCUUUGGGCCAUUUAUAGAUUGGAACAUCCAGGGGAAAUGUGAGGCGUGAUCUCUUAUGUAUUUGUUCCUAGAAGCCAGGCAUGUUAGCACAUACUGCACUUAAUACCUUGUUUUUAAAGUUACCCAAGAUGGAAAAAAAAAGAUGACCGAUGUAAUCAUCAUGAAUGACUCUUUUAACAGCAAACAAGAUUUGAGGCAACAAAGAGGGGAGUGAAUGGGAAAAGUGCUGUUCACAGUAACCCUCAACUUACAACCACAACUGAGUCUGGAAUUGUGUAACUCGGAUCGCUGUGGGACUGGUCUCAAAUUUCACAUUUUUAUAAUGGUUCCUAUAAGAGCAACCAUGGCCAUUAAGCAAAUCAGAUGGUUGUAAGUCCAGCUCGUCCAAUGGACAUUUUUUUGGCCAGAAAAUAGAAAAAAGCAAUCGCAUGAUCCUGAGAUGUUGCAACUGGUUGUAAAUGUGAGCCAGUUGCCAAGCACCCAAAAUACAAUCACAGCCCAUGGGAGAAAGGGUGCAGCAAUCGUAACUUAGAAGACAGAUCAUUAAGUAACUUUUUUUAAGUCCAUCUUAACUUUGAAUGAUCAUUAAAGCAGCCAGUUAUAAGUCAAAAACUACCAGUACAAGAUUUAGGCUACUGGAUAUAGGGAUUGGCAAGGCAUGUAAAGCCUCUACUUCAUUAGGAAUGUCUGGAUACACCUGGAUGUAAUAUAGUUGUGGAAAGAUUUUGUUUGCAGUGCAUCUUGUACCUUGGCUGCGCGGGAUGGCAUGUGCUCCAGGUACAUAAUAAACAUGUUGCACAGAUAGAUAUCGACUUCAUGACAUUUGACAGUAGCUCUAAACAGUUUUGACUUCAAAGGUGACAGCUGCGUUUAAAGUUACCUAGGCCUGCAAAUAAGCCUAUUGCUUAAAGAUGCAAGGCAUGCAUGAGUGAGGCGUUCUCGAACGAUCUUUGUAUCAUUUUGAUUUUGAGUAUUUCCCCAGUUUUUUUUCACAAAACUGCACAAAGCUGUCGUACACAUUUUUAGAUGCCCGCCGAAUGCUCUCCAAGGAUGAGGAAAAUUGUCACUCUUAAAAAAGUUACUGCAGAGCCGGGAUGAUUUUGCAAGCUUAUUUAAGUUGUUCUUUGAGUCAGCAAUUCUCUCGGAGCACCAGUGAAAGGGCAGUUGGACAUGUGCCCAAAAAUGUAGCUGAGGGUUUUGGGUUUUUUUUGCAGAUGACACUUAGGAACCCACCUCGAGUCACACAAUACAGCCAACUGUGCCGGCUAUAGCAACAGUACUUAAUAGAACUAUUGAACUCUUCUGCUAGUCUUGACGAAGUGUAUAGAUUAUUAUUCGGCCCUUUCACAUGAUAUACAUAUAUCUGUACUUCUCAAUGUACUCUCUGAAUUCCCAGAGAUUGCUAUAAAAAUAAAAAUAAAAACUUGCUUACCUUUGUUGCAUCAUCUACCUUCAAACUUAUAAUCCUUGGUUCAGCUAGUAGGUUACUACAACCAUUAGAGAUAUGAAACAAAGCCUUUCCAAACUUUCUGAGUAAAGCCCCCCUUUCCACACAAUUAUUUUUCACAUAACGAAAUCUAGUGAACAGAAAAUCUCUAGAGACCUACAUGGAUACUUACCCAUGUAGUAGGCCUGUAUUACUAUUAUACAUCUCAUCUUUCCUGUUACCUUCUCUUACUGGUAUUUUUGUGGUGAGUUUAUGCCACAGAGAUAAAUUCCUUGUGUGUCCAAUCAUACCUGGCCAAUAAAGAAUAUUCUAGUCUAGUAUAUAAAGGCAAAAGCAAAGGCCUGCCUCUCCUGUCAUAUUUGAUUCUAGAGAGUGGUACUCAUCUCUUCUUA